AUGAAUAAAACCACCACUACCGCCAAUAUGCAUGCCAUUCAAAAUGCGCUCGCAAACUAUGAUACUUCCUUUCUUUCCGAUGCGGAAGAGGACUACUGUCCAUUGUGCAUAGAGACGAUGGACAUUACGGACAAAAACUUCAAACCGUGUCCUUGUGGCUACCAGAUAUGUCAGUUCUGCUAUAAUAACAUUCGACAGAACCCGGAACUGAAUGGGAGAUGUCCCGCUUGUCGGCGCAAGUACGACGAUGAAAGCGUUGAGUACGUCGUUUUGACACCGGAGGAAAUGAAGCUGGAGCAGGCCAAACAAGCACGCAAAGAGAAAGAUCGCAAGCUGCGUGACAAGGAACGCAAAGAGCACGAGUUCGCAAACCGCAAGCACCUAGCUGGAAUGCGGGUGAUCCAGAAGAAUCUGGUGUACGUGGUGGGCCUAAACCCACCGGUGGCCUACGAAGACGUGGCACCCUUGCUCAGAACGGACCGGUAUUUCGGCCAGUACGGAAAAAUCAACAAAAUCGUUGUUAACAAGAAAACGUCGCACAACGAACACCAUGGUCCGCCCCCUGGAAACCAUCAAAGCCACCAUCAUACUGGGUACGGCAUCUACGUCACUUUUGCCAGAAAAGAUGACGCAGCGCGGUGCAUAGCCGCUGUUGACGGCACCUACAUGGACGGGAGAAUCGUAAAAGCUGCGUACGGAACUACCAAAUACUGUUCGUCCUAUCUGAGGGGGCAGAGCUGUCCAAACCCUAACUGCAUGUUCCUGCACGAGCCAGGCGAAGAAGCGGACUCGUUCAACAGACGUGAGCUCACCAACAAGCAGAACGACCAUGUCGUACCAUUCAAGCUAGCUGGUACCGGCAGCAAUGCGUCGAGCCAGAUUCCACUAAAAUCUGGCUCUGCCAUGGCCUCUGCAUCACCCGUGCCUUCACCACUGCCCACAAGGGCUCAUCUGCACAGCAAUCAAGAAGACCUGUCAUCUUCGUCGUCUACGUCCGCUGCUCAAACACCGGUGCUGACACCGGCUCCUAUUCCUAGCGGAUCCAAUCCAUGGGGCGUCAACCCAGCGGCCGCCCCACUGUUUUCGUCGACGGCAAGCAAAUCCACCACUUCAUCGGCAUUUCCUACUUUGGGUGAGGCCACUUUGGCGCAGUCAAUGGCCGCCUUGUCCACCAAUCAACCCAGCGGCAGCAACAACAACAAUAACAAUACCAAUCAAGGCGGUAAGAGCAGCAAGAAGAAUUCCAACAACAACGACAGGAAGUAUGUGGAUCCUUACGAUCCGCUAGAGAGUGCAGUAAGAUUUAUCGACGAAACUCUCAAGAUGUUGUCGACUUACAGAAACUGCGAUUUCAAGCUGAGAUCCGACGUUAUUGAUGAUGACACCUACCGUUCCUACCCUUCCCUGUUUUCGUUCGAAAAUAUCCCCGUUUCGGAAACCUCUGACAAUGCUUUGGGGCGUAAAUUGGUGGACAUGCUAGCUAUCAAGCCUGUUGAUCAUGCUGCGUCAGUAAUGCCAUAUUUACAAGCAAACCCACAGACCAAUUCCGCUGUGUUCCAAUUACAGCAACAACAGCAGCAACAGCAACAACAACAACAACAACAACAACAACAACAACAACACAUGCUACUUGUCAAGCAACAGCAACAACUACAACAAUUGCAACAGCAACAGCAGCAACAGCAGCAAGCAUCUCAGAUGAAAGUCCAACAUCACACUCCUCCAGGCAUGACCCCACAACUUUUGCAUACUCAAUUACAGCAUCAGAGAGCCGUCAAUACUCCACCACCACCCGGAAUCUUCUCUCCCACUAAUCCUCCUGCUGGCCAGAACCAAGCUCCGGUUUCCGGCAGUAAUUCCUCUGAUCUGUUGAACCAGCUGAUCAAUGGUAAGCGUAUUUCUACAAAUUGA